AUGAGCCCUUUCGACUUAUCUUGUAUAGGUUCAGAGCUAGAUACAGCCAGACGAUCUCGUGCCAUCCCAACCUCAACUAGUCCUAGUCCUACCCCCACAGCAGAUCGACCAUUGCCAGCUCUAUCAUCUUCAGUAGAAUCGGACACUCCUACCAUACUAGAUGAUAUUCCAUCUGAAGAUGAGGUGAUAGUAUCCAAGCACCAAAAUCGGUCGGUGAACAAGGAGGUCGAGAAGGAAAAGAACCACGAACGACCUUAUCCUUUAUGUCUCUUAUGUCUUGAUAGACCGCCUUCUGCUGUGUUAUUACCUUGCUGUCAUCUAAAUCUAUGUUACAUCUGUGCUCCCCUCCUCAUCCAUCGAUUCACCAAAUUCAAGUAUCCUACUCCACCUAUAACUCUAUCAUCCAACGAUCGCAUCCCUGCAAACAUAUCUGAACGACAGAUAGAAUCGGAGACCGAGACAGAGACAGAAACGGACUGCUCGAGGAUCCCUUAUAAUCAGAUUCUCUAUCGAGCUACGCUGAAUCAUCCCAAAUCUCGGAAAUUGGGAUUAGGAGGGUAUAGACCUCCGGUAGAAAAUCAUCUAGGAGGAGAAUAUACUGGUCAAGGGAUCUUACGAUCACAGCAAGACCGAGGGAAGGAAGAGAGUAUGAAUCAAGGUGGUAGAAUUGACAUGAGCGAUACUUGGAACGGUAUAGGACGACAGAUAGGUGGUGGGGACGAUGAGGGUCCAAAAUGUUUGGUCUGUCGAGCUGGAGUGCAAGGUUGGCUGAGGGUAUAUACCGGAUAG